AGCAACUCUACCAUGUUUGUCCAUUCGGGAGGAUGGAACGCCAACUGUAACGUUAUGUGUUGAACACAGUUGGAUAUUUUUGGAGAUGUGGACACUUCGCGGAAGUCUUCUCGAAUGACUUACCUCAAUUGCACAGCAGUGAGCUUGGCCAUCCAUUCCCAAGAUGCAUGUUUGGAUUGCUACCACUCUGCUUGCAGUCACAUCUCUCGGUUUUGUUGAGAUGCUUGACAGAUAUGGAGAGAUAUGUAGAGAGCUGUGUGACUGCGAAGAGAAGGAUGGGAGUCUGAGUGUCAGCUGUGAAAACAGAGGAAUAACAAGCCUGGCAGAGAUAGCACCACUGCACUUUUCCACAUAUCAUCUACUGCUCACUGGAAAUCUCCUCAAGAAACUCUCUUUCAAUGACUUUGUGCUUUAUGAAGGGGCCACCAUUUUGCAUUUAGGGAACAAUGACAUAUCGGAAGUUGAAACAGGGGCAUUUAAUGGACUGCAAGGAUUAAGGAGGCUGCAUCUAAACAACAAUAAAAUUGAUUCUUUAAGGGAUGAUUUUUUUGCUGGUCUAGAAUUACUGGAAUAUCUUCAGCUUGACUACAACUACAUUUCCCAUAUUGAUGCCAGUGCCUUCAGCAAACUGCGUCAUCUGGAGGUUCUCAUUUUGAACGACAACUUGCUGUCUUCCCUGCCAACCAACGUGUUCCAGUAUGUCCCCUUGACCCAUCUCGACCUGCGGGGAAAUCAGCUGAAACUGCUGCCGUACAACGGGCUGCUGGAGCACAUGAACAAAAUUGUGGAAUUACAGUUGGAGGAAAACCCUUGGAACUGCUCGUGCGAACUCAUCCCCCUCAAGGCUUGGCUGGAGAGCAUCUCCUACACGGCCCUGGUGGGGGACGUGGUUUGCGAGACUCCGUUCCGGCUCCACGGGAGGGAUGUGGACGAGGUCUCCAAGCAGGAGCUCUGCCCCCGGAGAGCGAUUGCCGAGUAUGAGAUGCAUGCAGAGCCUGCCCGGAGCAGUGAGGCGUACUACCAAACCACACCGGCCUCUGUGGCGGCGUCUGUAACGUCAUCGGGAAUUUUACGCUCCUUGAGGCCUACUAAGGGCUCUCGUCAGUCAGGCAAGCUGAGAUCCAAACCCACCGCCCGACCAUCUCCUAAUAAGCAAAACUAUGGCCCCAUGGUGUCCUACCAAACCAAAUCUCCUGUGCCUUUGGACUGUCCUACCGCAUGCAAUUGCAACCUUCAAAUAUCAGACCUAGGUCUGAAUGUGAACUGCCAAGAGAGAAAAAUCGAAAGCAUUGCUGAUCUGCUUCCUAAACCUUACAACCCUAAAAAAAUGUACCUCACUGGAAACUAUAUCCCAAUGGUGCAUAGAUCAGAUUUCACUGAGGCCACCGGAUUAGAUCUGCUUCACUUGGGCAACAACCGAAUCUCUGUCAUCCAUGACAGUGCUUUUCGGGAUUUAGUCAAUUUGCGAAGACUUUACUUGAAUGGGAAUUUAAUAGAGCGCCUGACAGAGGACAUGUUUUACGGGUUAGAGAGUCUGCAGUAUCUCUAUUUAGAGUACAACGUCAUUAGGGAAAUCAUGCCAGGUACCUUUGAGCAACUCCCCAACCUCCAGCUGCUCUUUCUCAAUAACAAUCUUCUGAAAACCCUACCAGAGGGAGUGUUUAAUGGAUUAACGCUCGCCCGACUAAACCUGCGUAAUAAUCACUUCCGUAAUCUGCCGGUUGGUGGUGUGCUGGAUCAGUUGAAGUCACUGGUGCAAAUAGAUCUUUUUGAAAACCCGUGGGAUUGCUCGUGCAGCAUCGUGGAGAUGAAGCUCUGGUUGGAGCAGCUCAACUCUGGUACGGUCGUAAACAGCGUGAUAUGCGAGUCCCCAGUGAGACUGUCUGGAGAGGACAUGAGAUAUAUCCAUGCCUCUCAUCUCUGCUCCAUCAACUCCAGCCUCCAAGGCUCAGCCAUCCCACCGUCUGAGGAGACGCUACCUGGCAGCACAAUCACCUUGGAGUCGUCUCUGGACUACGACACGCCGUACAGCGCGGUGCCGCUCUCGGUGCUCAUCCUGGCGCUGCUCGUGAUCUUCAUCGUGUCGGUGUUCAUCGCGGCGGGCCUGUUCGCCGUGGUGAGGCGGAGGCGGAAGAAGACGCAGCACGGCCGCGCCACGUCCAUAAGCGCAGACCUGAGCUCGUUCAACAGCCUGUACAGCAGCAGAGCGGACGCCAAAGUGAAAUCCUCGGCGGGACACUUGUACGAGUACAUCCCUCCUCCUGGCAACCACCCGUCGAAAAACCCCACCUACGCCAUUAGCGAACACAGCGCAGUGGAGCGGUUCAGAGACUUUGAUGAUCUGAAUGGAGCGUUCACUCCCAAUUCCGACGACGAGUUGGCCAGCAAUGCGAGAAGUUCAGAGUACAGUGAGAGCACUCUGGACCCCCUCAACAAACCAUCCCCCAUGCAAGACGACAACUUUUUUUACAGAGAUAUUUUAGCACGGGACAAGCAGGUACCUUAUAGAAGUAGUCAACACUGUAAGCACAGUGGUCACUCUUCAGCCCAAUAUAACAGCCAAGACUACGAUGUCAGAUCACAGUAUUUGAAUCCAGACAACAGAGUACCACAGACUAUGGUGUACUGCACAGCACCUGCCACAGUAUAUGUGGAACCCAAUAGGAGUGAAUAUUGGGAGUUGAAAGCCAAGCUCCACUUUGAACCAGACUACCUUGAAGUCCAUGAGAAACGGACAACAUUCACCCAGUUUUAAUCCAUGACCUGUUUUUUUUCUUUCUAUUAAUUCUCAUAGGGAAUUUUGCAAAAAUUCAGUUUGGUCAUUUUUUAAAAAGUGGUUGCUUUAAAAAAAAAAAAAACAUCUCAUACCGCAUUGUAAAUUCUUUAAAUCUUGUACUUACUGAUAUACUGACUGUUCACCACUCUAUAUAACCUAGGAUUUUGUUGGAGUGGCUCAACAUUUGUGCCAUUUAGUAGGCUAAGCCUUGCCUGAAAUACAGAAGUUAACUGUAUUCACUGUACUUUUAUUAUAACUGAUGUCUCCAAAUAUGCAUCCCC